AUGGACUGUCUUCCUAUUCCCUUCGUCUGCUUCCAGUGCGGUACCGACCAGAAUCCUUGCCACUGCAAAGUUGUUGGCCCUACCAUCGGUUUCGCCAGCGCCAUUGUCCUCGCAUGGUGGGAAGAAGGCGCUGAAACUCUCAAAGCCUUCUUUGACGACGAGAAGCCAUCUGAAGAUAGCACUGACCAGCGCUUGGAAGAUCUCUUAGACCUUCUCGAACCUCUCAAGGUAGGCGAAGAGCCCCAGAAUUCCAGCAUUGUCGGAGUCACCAGCAGUGAGCAUGGUAGCCCACCGAAACCACUGUUUACCGUGGAUACCAUCGACACAUCUUCUCCCGUGUUUACUGGCACGACCACGAGGACCAGACGAACAAGUCUCCAGCCCGAAACGAGUACUCGUGCAUCUUCUGCGGUCCCAGAUACAGCAGCCACCCUCGAUCUGUCUCCCGAAAAUGGCACGAUCGCGCCUUCCUCGCUUGAAGCACCUAUAGAGAAUGACCCCACAGGUCUCCAAACUGUCAAAGGCAAACGCUCCGACGAUCAUGGACUUCCCAAAGCUAUCGACUCGAGCAUUCUAUCGCAAGAAGAUGAUACAACUGUGGUGCAUGAUCCCUCUUCCGCAGCGGUCUCCUUCUUUCCACCAAACCCAUACUCUGAUGAGCCCGUCCAGUACCCCUCCCAACAAGCAGCGCCUACUGUGUCUUCGGUAUUUAAUGGACAGCUUGGAAAUGACUAUCGCCAGGACAUCGAAGACACAUCUGCCGAUUCAAGUCUGACCUCUUUGGCUUCCAACGAUGAUCAGAUGAAUCAAUAUGAUCUCCGUGACCAACUCGCCGACUACAAGAGAUAUCUUGCCGACACACCAUCUCCGCCACCUACAUCCCCGUUGAGUCCACCGCCAAGCAUUCUCACCACCAGAUAUGCUGAUCCAGAUAUCAUGGGUGGGGCUGAUCCAGAAGAUGAUGAAACUACAUUAUUUUCAAUUGCAUCUACACCGAGUAAGCCCAUCAUCAAGCUUGGCAAGGUUGCACCCAAGGAACCUGAUGACGACCGCGGGUUGAGAGACACUGGAGGCUUGGGGACUGUCAACGAAGCCGAUGAUGAGCUGGCCGACGAUACUGACGCUGAUGACAUAGAGCAACAACAAGCUCAUGAAGAUGAGCCGGCACAGAAAAGACUUCUCGCUACAGUCACAGGAGACGAGAAACAACCAGGAACCGAUGCCAAGGCAGUUGCACCGCCUGAAGAGCACACAAUUAAAGACAGACUGAGGAGGAGGAUGCAGGAAAGCAAGGCCAAUGUGACGUCCACGUCUGCACUACGCGACUCACCUGACGAACUUGCUCCAGAAUCAGCGGACGAGCUUGCCGAUCCUUCUCCUUCCCAUGGUUCUCUUUCUCUUGUGAAGUCGAGGAUCAACAAAUCAAAGCCCAGUCGCUCGCGUGCCAAAAAGCCACCCAACACGCCUGCUCUUGCUCCUCUUGAGAAGAUCGUGGGAGUUCCGAGAGCCACAAGAGGAGCUACCGCCAACAGACAAUUGGCUGGAAUCCCCGGGACUCCAUCGCCUCGUAAAGUCGAAGAGAAUACUCGAGAACUCAGAAGCCUGGACGCGACUCCUAUCCUGUAUACAAGAACCAGAACAGGAACCGCGACAGCCGAAUCCACUCCUGAGCCUGGCACUCAAGGCUCAGUCAAGCCUGUACCAAAGCGCACAAAAUUCGCUACCAGUGCCUCAGAAGUCACUCGUCUGGGCUCUCCCACGCCUAAGGUCACUCCUGCAAAGACGUCCAAGGGUGCUCCUGCCACCAGAAAGAGAGCACCUCGAAAGAAUAAGACAGCCGAGUCUAAGCAAGAUGACGACACCAUGCCCGAGAAGCUCAACGAGGCAACGACAAAGAGAAAGCGUGAGGAAGAAGACGGAGAGACCGAAGAACAGCCCACGAGAGCCAGUAAGAGAAUCGCUGGAGCGGAGCCCGAAGGAGAGUGA